GUUUGGCAUCAACAAGGACUUUCAUUGUUUUAUUUUAUUAUUGUUUAAUCGUACACAUUCUUUUUGAAAAUUAGAGUGUAACAAAUGUGUCUUACAUAUCUUGAACCAAAGCUUAAGUCAAUUCUAUGAGAGAUCGAUCAGUCUAGAUACUCUUUUUUUUUAUAUAUAAAUGGUUGAAUUGCUUUACUUUACGAAUACAUUGUAAAAGAUGAAAUCAAAUUUUAUACUUAGUAUUCUUGCGAUCUCUUUAUGCACAGUUGCUGCUCAAUUGGUUGUUCCUACAGAAGAUGAAUUCUCUUUCAUUGAUGAUGUAUUAAACGCAGAUAGUGAAAUGUGUGGCUCAGAAGUACCAAUACUUGAUAUGGUCUUUACUUUUGACUGUUUGGAAGACCACUCAAAAGGAGCUACAGGGAAUGGUAAAAACAUAGCUGCAGAAGCCAUCAAAAACAUCCUUAAAGAAGAACGCAUAAAGAAUAAUGUUCAAGAUGUGUUACAAUAAAUUGAACAUUUCAAACAAUAAAAUGAUCAUUUGAAAAACCUUAUGAGAUAACAUGUAUAAA